AUGGAAGCAAAUAGUGUUGUUUUAUGUGACAAUCUAAUCAAAUGGUUGCAGACUUUGAAUCUAAAUGCUAAACAUGCUACUCCAUCAGAAUUGUCAGAUGGUGUCGCAAUAGCAGAAGCACUCACUCAAAUAGCACCCGAAUACUUCACCUCGAAUUGGAAUUCCAAAAUUAAAACUGAUGUUGGUCAUAACUGGCGGUUAAAAGUCAGCAAUUUAAAAAAAAUCUUAGAAGGAGUAGUGGACUACCACCAGGAUAUACUGAGUCUGAGUCUUCACGAGUUUUCUAGACCAGAUGUUGUUAAUAUCGCUGAGCAUGCUGAUCGGACGGAUUUGGGGAGACUGUUGCAAUUGGUGCUUAGUUGCGCAGUCAACUGUAUUAAGAAAGAGGAAUACAUCACUCGUAUUAUGGAUCUGGAGCUAUCGUGCCAGCGUUCGAUAAUGCAGGCUAUACAGGAGUUGGAGACGAUAACGUUGGGUCCGAAUCGUAACAGCAUUCACUCGGACACACCGACCGUAGAACAGACUGAUGCUGAUAUGAGAGAAGCGCUCGCUCAGAGAUGUCAUGAGCUCGAUACACAGGUGAAAAUACUUCAAGAAGAGAAGAUGACGUUAUUGAGCGAAGUCAGUCGCCUGACUGCGGCGAGAGUGGAAGGUGGUGAGGAUAAUAAAGAUUUGGAUGAGGGCGGGGCUUCAUUAGGACCCGCCCACGCUGGUACUCUAAGGUACAGCAAUAUGCGAGCUCAGCUUGAUGCUUUGAAGGAUGAACUGUAUAAAGUUGAACUACAGAGGGACGACCAGCGGGUCCGUGCCGACAACUUGGAGCGGGAAUUGGCUAUGACCAAGUUGAAGAACGAAGAGUUACAGGUGGCUGCAUCAGAGAACGUGGCUCUUAAAGAUGAAGUGGACGCACUAAGAGAGACGGCUGCCAAGGCUGCGGCUCUGGAGGCCGCGGUGGCUUCAUACAAGAAGAGGAUGGAGGAACACGUGGAUCUUAGGAGACAGGUGAAGCUGUUAGAGCGCGCUAACACUGAGCACGUGCAGCGAGCUAUCGAACACGAGCAGGCGGCGGCGCGUGCGCAGGCGCUACGGUCACAGCUUGAUAUAUAUAAGAAACAGGUGACGGAUUUAAACGAGAAACUAGACGCGGAGAUCACCAAAGCGGAUAAGCUCGAGAUAGAGAACAAAAAACUGAGCAGUCGCGGAGCCUCACUACAGAGGGAGAGGGACGCGCUACUGGCUGAGAGGGACACGCUGAGGGAAACAGUGGACGAACUAAGGUGCUCCACCAUCACUGUCGGUGCAAGUGAAGAUAAUGUAUCUCGGGAGUUGAUACCGCACGAUCUGAAGGAACGAAUGAUAAGGUUGGAACAUGAGAACAAGCUGUUGAGACAGAACCAGGGAGCGCAAGCGGACCAGGCCUCUGUACAGGCGCUUCUAGAAGACUACGCGUCUCGUCUUGAAAAGCAGCGCGCUUUGAACCGUGAAGCGAAUGCUCGUAUAAUGCAGUUGGAGGCGGCACUGGAGCCCGCGCCCUCCAGACCCGCCGUUGACGACGCCAGGAAAUCCCUACAAAUUGAAGAUCUUCAAACAGCGCUAGCAGACAAACAAGCACAAGUGAACAAACUACAGGAAGCAUUAUCUGCGCGCGAAGCAGAACUACUAGCUACUGAGGAUAAAUACAAGAAAUGUGUGGAAAAGGCCAAGGAGGUUAUAAAGACAUUGGAUCCUAGGACUACUGGUCAGCAGUCUUUAUCGGAUAUUACGUUGGGAUACACUCGUGGCGCGGGAGUGGCGAGUGCGACUAGUGCUUCUGCGUCCCGGGCGGAGGGCGCCACUAACAAUAAUAAUAGACACGAAUGGAGUGGCAGCGGCAGCGCCAGUGGUAGUGAAGAGAGUGGUCGUUGUGUGAACGAGCAACGUCUUCUAGCGUCCGCCUGGUACCAGCUCGGCGCUAGGUGCCACCGCGAAGCUGUUGAGUCGAGGUUCGCUCUACUGUCCGCGGGUCAUUCAUUCCUGGCCCGCCAACGACGACAGCCCCCUCGCCCUAGACCAGCGCCCGCACAAUGA